AAGUCAAAAUCAUAUUUCUUUUUAUAAGAGGCGUUACUUUUAUACAACUGACAUUUUAUUAUAAAUUUAUUAUUUUAUAUUCUUUACAAAAAAAACUAAUACUACUUUGCAAUGGAUGACUUUGACAAAGUGUUUCUGUGCCAAUCAAGUAACUCACAAGGUCCCACAGUAGAACCAAUUUCAAUUUGCAAAUGCCUAUUUCCGGAAUCUGCAGAAGAAUCUCUAAUUAACUCGGAACGUAAAAAUAAGCUUCUUUCUAGAGUCGCUAACACAGAAACUUACUUACGUGAGCGGCGUAUCCCAGAGCUUAUAAGAUUUAUUUUGACAAAGAUAUUAGCUAACAGAUCAAAACAUCCUCUAGAUUUCGCCUGGAAAUUGUUGGACGACUGCAUGUUGUACCGUGCGGGCAUUGGGCAGGCACCAGUGCUAUAUGAAGAAAGACACUUGCAAGCAAUUGUGAAAAGCUUUGAUCCUGGUCAUAGAGGUUGGCUAAGCGUUGGACAGGUCCGUAGAGUGUACUGUAUGUUAGGUAUCACUCCAGAAGAGGAGAUACUUGAAAAGACGCCUACUGACCAGUUCCUCGAUUCUUUACGAAGGGUGCAGGAGCAAGAACUGUUUGAUUUAUUGACAGCUGGAGGAAAUGGAACGUACAAUGUAAGGAAUGUAGAUCCUUAUCAGCCACAACAUGAUCAAUUGGCUGACCGCCUAGUCCUAUUUGUAGUUGAUGGACUACGUGCCGAGUCUUUUGUAAACUACACUACAAUGCCUUAUCUGAGGUCUGUAGCUAAUUCUGUAGGCAGAUGGGGAAUAAGCCAAACCCAGGUGCCUACUGAAUCACGACCUGGACAUGUUGCUGUGAUAGCAGGAUUUUAUGAAGAUCCUUCUGCCAUAGCUAAAGGCUGGAAAGAAAACCCUGUUGAUUUUGAUUCAGUUUUUAAUCAAACAUCCUAUACUUGGUGCUGGGGUACCUACGACAUUGUGAAUAUAUUUACCAAGGCAAAUGUUGAUGAUCACAUUAUUGUACAUGAUUUUGACCCAUAUGACCAAAGUUUUAGCACUGAUAAAAAUACUACAUUCCUUGAUGCAUGGGUCUUUGACAAUGUUAAACAGUUUUUUGAUAAAGCCAAUCAUGAUGACAAUAUUAAGAAGAAGCUAUUUGGAAAUAAAAUUGUGUUCUUCUUACAUCUAUUGGGAACUGAUACUGCAGGGCACACUCAUAAACCAAGAACACUGAAUUUCUUAACAACAUUGAGUCAUGUUGAUCAAGGUAUACAAGAAAUGGAAAAGAUUAUAAGAGAUUUCUAUGGUGAUGAUGGCAGGACAACAUUUCUUAUGACAUCAGACCAUGGGAUGACUGACUGGGGAUCACAUGGUGCAGGUGAUGAUCAUGAAACAAAAACACCCUAUGUUAUCUGGGGCUCUGGUGUCAAUAAUCCGGGGGAAUUCAAAUUAGACCCUGAAACAAAAGGCAUGUCCAUGGAAAAUAGACUUGAUAUCAAUCAAGUAGAUUUAGCACCACUUAUGUCUACUGUACUUUCUAUUCCUGUACCUGUUAAUUCUAAAGGAAAACUCACCAGUGAAUUAUUAAAUAUGACAUUGUCUAACAAAGCUAAAGCUAUAUAUAGCAACAGCCGACAAUUAGCAUCACAAUACAAUAAGAAAAGACUUGAUGUGGAAGAAAAUGCCAUCAGCUAUCUACAUAAACCUUACACACCAUUAAGCAAAGCUAAAUACGAAGAAUUUAUCAAAUUCACAGAGAAAUUACUUUAUGAAGAAGAGUAUGAAAAGUUAAUUAUGAUGAGUGAAGAAAUUAUAAAUCUCAGUAUUUCUGGACUGCAAUACUAUCACAAUUAUUAUCAACAACAACUGCUUAUUCUAGUCACUUUAGCAUUUUUGGGAUGGAUAGCAUGCCUAUUCAAAGUAUUAUCAGAACAAAAACUAUUCACGGCCCCUGGAACAUCCUUGAAGAGUUUUGAUCUACCAAAGUCUGCACUAUUUAGAUUUAAUUUUAUGAAUAUUAUGUUCAGUUGUUUGUGCUUAAUUGCAGUCUAUUUAAUACAUGCACAACAUUUACCAGUCCAAUACCACUUAUACUCUUUGAUGCCUAUAUUUUUGUGGUGGUAUGCCCUGUCAUCCAGCAAUGGAUACAAACAAUUUCAAAAGCACAGGAACAUUUUUGUGUUGUUGCUACAGAUCUUACUUUAUACUUUGGGAUCUUUAGCCUUAGGCCUAUCAUUUACAUAUAGAUGGAUGUUGAGUGUCCCACUUUUAGGCAUGGGACUAUGGCCAUUCAUGUCUUCAGCUAGACGCCAAUUAACAAAGCCUGUACUUAUUAUGUGGCCUAUUAGCUGUUUGUUACUGAGUAUUUUUUCAUUCAUGCCUGUUGUUGGUAAAAGCGUGUAUAUUGAACAAGUUAUUACUGCAGGAGUUAUUUGGUUGCUGGCAAUUAUUUUCUACAUCCAAAAAAUAGUACUGCCAUUGUUUCAUAGCAAAAACGAAACUAAACGAGAAGUUGUAUUAACGGCUAUACAAGCAAUUUUGCUUGUUUUAUCGCUACAAAAUAUUUAUGUGCAGUCUAAGAGGUUUGAAGAAGGGACUGCAGUAUCACAUUUCUAUCAAACCUUAUCAUGGUUUACAGCAGGAACUUCUUUGGUGCUACCUCUAACGUUCUCACAAAGACUUGUGUUACGCCUAAUAGCAAUACACACUUCUCUACUAAAUAUCUACCUUCUGUUAUCUGUUUCCCAUGAAGGACUCUUCAUAGUUACCUUGAUAUUCAAUUUAUUGUGCUGGAUAUAUAUCGAAUUUAGAUUACUUCACGUCAGAACUUUCAAGCUUAUUGAAGCAAGCUUUGAAAAAGAUGAUAAUCAAGGCAGAAAGUCGGUCAUAACAACCGAAAGAGAAUUAACCAGUCAAGAUUUUAGAAGAGCCUUCUUUUUUGUGCUGUAUAUAAUUUUAGCCUUCUUUGGAACUGGUAACAUAGCAUCACUGAACUCAUUUGAAGUGAGAUGGGUGACGUGUUUCAUCACAUCAUUCCAGCCAUUUGUGAUAACUGCACUUGUAUUACUGAAAACUAUAGCUCCGUUUUUGAGCGUUGCUUGUAGUUUUAGAGCAGUUCAAUAUUUGACUAAGGCACCAACAGGUUACCUUAUAAUUAUUGUCCUUAUAUAUUCAAAUAUUAUGGGGAUACAGCUUUUAUACAAUGUGAAAAACAUUGGUAGCUGGCUGGAAAUUGGGACGUCCAUAUCACAAUUUGUGAUUGUUCAAGUCAUUACAUUAUUUAUCGUUAUUAUUAAUCAAAUAGCUAAGUUAUUGACUGAUAUCAGUAUUCAUAAUUUUGCAGAUAAGUUAUUUAAAAGUCGAAAAAAAUAUGUUUAAAACA